ACACCUGUCCCUGUCUCUUUCUCUCGCUUUUAAUUUUUACUUAACGACAAAGGAAAGAAAGCAUGGAGAUUGAAAACGGAAGCCAUUUCUAGCAAAACAAUUCUCUCUUUUGUCUUGAAGAUAAGUUUCACAAAAAGGUCUGCUUCGCCUCUUCUACGACGUUGCAGAAACUAAGAAGAGAUGGGUCUUCUCUCCAACAGAAUCGAUAGAUCGAGUUUGAAACCUGGAGAUCAUAUCUACUCCUGGAGGACUGCUUACAUCUAUGCCCAUCACGGCAUCUAUGUUGGAGAUGAUAGAGUCAUCCAUUUCACUAGACGAGGCCAAGAAGUUGGAACCGGGACUGUUCUAGAUCUCAUACUAGUCAGCUCAGGUCCAUCCCGAAACCACACCCACUGUCCAACCUGUGUUCCACCUAACGAAGGUCACGGUGUUGUUUCCUCAUGCCUUAACUGUUUCCUAGCCGGUGGUGUCUUGUACCGGUUUGAGUACUCAGUCAACGCUGCUCACUUCCUCGUCAAAGCCAGAGGAGGAACUUGCACACUCGCUGUCGCUGACCCUAAUGAGAUUGUUGUUCACCGGGCCAAACACCUCCUUCAAAACGGAUUUGGAUGUUAUGACGUUUUCAAGAACAACUGUGAGGAUUUCGCUAUAUAUUGCAAAACCGCAUUGCUGGUUCUUGAGGGAAGGACAAUGGGACAGAGCGGUCAGGCGGUUUCGAUUAUAGGUGGGCCGAUUGCUGCGGUUUUGUCCACGCCAAUGCGGCUUCUGACUACAAACGUGUAUGGGAUGGCUGCUACAGCGAUUGGUGUGUAUUGUGCGAGUAGAUACGCUACUGAUAUCGGAAUGAGAGCUGACGUCGCGAAAGUUGAAGCAGAGGACCUCACAAGAAGGCUGUCUUCAGGACUUUUCCAAGUACUUGAUCCUCCAUUGGCAGCCAUAGCUUUACCAAGCACGAGUUGAUAAGCUUAAGCUUCACCAGCUUAUCCCACUGUUGUAUUUUCUAUUUGUCCCUUAGCUUCUAUAAAUGUUCUAAUAAGAACACUCCUUGCACAAUUGAUCUCGGUGUGAUUCAAACUUAUAUAAUUAUGUACAAUAAUAGGUAAAAAAGGGUACCAGUUACUAAAUCAUAGAAGAAAGAAAAAUCCAGAGGCUACAAAAUAUAUAUGGUUUCUGAAAAAUCCCAAAUCUUUUUACAAAACUAAAAAUUGUUGUUGAUACAAUACAAGAGUAUCCUUAUUUAGUCAUAAAAACGAC